AUGAUGGUGCGCAGAGCACCCAUGUCCACCGUCAACUGUGGAAAGGUUUUUCCUCCUGUCGAGCAUACCAUGCUCAAGGAGGCUUACGCUGCUCGUAUGCACGCAAAGUCAUCUGCCAAAACAUGGUACUACCUCAAUGUGUUUUUCUUUCUUCCUGGUAUGCUUUUGGCCGCUUGGUGGCUUGUUCCAGGUGAAGUAGCUCAUAUCCAACACAAGUACGAGCACCCCAACGAGUAUAUUCCAUGGCCCCAUCUCAAGAAGCAGAAGAAUCCUUUCCCCUGGGGUACUGAUCCUCUGUUCAAGAACGAUGUUUUUGUUCCUGUAAGUAAAAUUUUCCAUGGUUGA